CUUCUCUUCUCUUCUCUGCUCCCAAAACCAAAAGAAACUCUCUUUCUUUCGUUUUCUCUUCUGAAUUCGUAAGCCAUGGAAUCGCCCGGUAACGACCAUGUCCUGAGUGGUGGAGAACCCAACGACGUCGUUAGACCCUUUUCCCACAGACAAGAACAUGAACAAGAACAAGAACAACACCACAAUUCCCAACCUCUUACCGGCGAUGGUGCCAGUCCUGGAAAGAUAUUUAUAGGUGGUUUAGCGAGAGAAACGACCAUUGCUCAAUUUAUCAAGCACUUUGGUAACUAUGGUGAGAUUACGGAUUCUGUCAUCAUGAAGGACAGGAAAACUGGUCAGCCUCGUGGAUUCGGGUUUAUAACGUAUGCUGAUCCCUCUGUGGUUGAUAAAGUCAUUGAGGAUACUCAUAUUAUCAAUGGCAAACAAGUUGAAAUUAAGCGGACCAUACCAAGGGGAGCUGUUGGCUCUAAGGAUUUUAGGACAAAGAAAAUUUUUGUAGGUGGGAUUCCUUCAAAUGUGACUGAAGAUGAAUUUAGAGACUUCUUUACACGCUAUGGAGAAGUCAAAGAUAACCAAAUAAUGCGGGACCACUCCACCAAUCGAUCUCGUGGCUUUGGGUUUGUCACCUUUGACUCUGAGGAAGCUGUUGAUGAUCUUCUAUCUAUGGGGAAUAAGAUUGAGUUUGCUGGAACUCAGGUGGAAAUCAAGAAAGCUGAACCAAAGAAGCCAAACCCACCACCUCCAUCAUCCAAGCGCUAUAAUGACUCAAGGUCUUCAUACAGUGGUGGUGGAUACGGAGAUGCUUAUGAUGGGUUUGGUGGCAGCUUUGGUGCUGGUGGUUACAGGUCUGCUGGUGUCUAUGGUAGGGGUGGUGCUUAUGGUGGCUAUGGAAGUGAAUUUGGUGGGUAUGGAGGAUAUGCUGGUGCAAUGGGACCCUAUAGGGGAGAUCCUUCCCUUGGGUAUGCAGGUCGUUAUGGUGGAAGCUUUAGCAGAGGCUAUGAUCUAGGUGGGUAUGGUGGACCUAGUGAGAGUUAUGGAGCAUAUAGUGGUGGUGCUGGUGGUGGGGGUUCUUCUGGUGGUGCUGGUGCCUAUCAAAGUGGCUAUGAUGCCAGUCUUGGGGGUGGAUAUGGAGGGGCUAGUGGAGGCUCCUUCUAUGGCAGCAGAGGAGGAUAUGGUGCUGCUGGUCGAUAUCAUCCUUAUGGAAGAUAGAAGCUUGUAAACCAAGCAUUUUUAGUCUAGGACUGAUAUAUCUAGCAUCAAAGCAAGUUUGUAGUUUGUGUUUGCUUCUUCAGUAGGUUACAUAUUCUCAUUUUUUUUAAAAAGAAUUGUUAAGGAUACUUUCAUUUGUCAUAACAUCGUUUUUCAGCUUUAGAAGUCCAAACAAUUUUUCUUUUUUUUUGACCCCUGUUGAAGUCUGUUUUAUGAAUGAUGUAAGAGCUGCAAAUUGUGCAGAUGGUUGUAUUCUCAAUCUUGUUCGUUAUUACUUGU